UCAAAAAUACUUUGUUUUGUUGAGAGAAAUAUGUUUUCUUAUUAAAUAUUUGUUUAAUUGAUAUUGUAAUGAUACCGCAAUCAUUAUGAAAGUCUUCUCAAUAAACGACAUUCCUGAGUUUUCGCAGAAAGAACGAAUUGUCGUAGUCGGUAUCGUAGGAAAGUCUCCGUAUCGGUACCCAAACAAAACAACCCCACUUUUAUCUUCUGUUGAAUGUAAAGAAAAUGGUAUAGAAUGCCACUGGGACGAGAGACGUGGAGUCCUGUACCUACAUGCGGUCACCUACCUCGACACUCAGCAGCUCACAAAGCUUGCCGCCAACUUAGAUGAGAACUCCAACAGCACAGAUAAGGAUGCGGAUGCAGCCCACUGGUUGGUAGCGACGGGCGAGCUUGCGACGGAGGCGUGCCGCGCGCUGGCGCUGGUUUUCCACCUGAGCCAUAUUGUGAUUCUGUGUGAGCCUACAGCUACCUUCGACCUCGGGUACCUGCAGUUGUUCAAGGCUAUUGAUGCAUAUAGAACGGAAUUAGCCCCACGCGUGACAGAAGCCCUGGCUGCGGCGGGGGCUCAAGGCGCGUGGGAGACUCACGGGCGCGCGUGCUGCCCGCGUUUGCUCUUCCACUUCCGCCGUGCGCCCGCAGCGCUGCGCCGCGCGCCGCAAGCGCUGAAGCGGCUAGAACACGCUGUUGAGGACCAGCUGUAUUUCAUACUGAGGAAGGCCAGGAUUAUAACCAAUGUCUGCGCAAAAUCCCUGUUCGCGAUACCAAAAAACGAGGAAUUCGUGUACAUAAGCACGGAAAACGAAGUGGGCAGUUGUCGGGACGUGCGGUCCCUGGUGCAGGGGUUGGUGCAGCUGUGUAAUGAUACUCCGCGCGAGGCGCCCGCCAGGCCGGGCUUCGCGCAGCUGCUGGCGAGACACGUGGCGCUCGCCCGGGCCGACGGCUUCCACGACAAUGUUGGCAAAUACGCCAUGACUACGUCCUUCUUUGAGUUACCAUCCGCGUCGUGGUGGCGCACAGCAGCCCAGGCGUUGGCCCCGCUGUAUCUGGACACGAAGUCGGAGGGCGGCCACGGCGCACUGUACGACGCACUGGCAACCGACGUGCGCUUCUCACAGGCACGCUGCGCUAAGGUGCUGCCGAUAGCUCAAGCGUCGUAUGCUGAAGGUUUGCCAGCUCACUACUCCAGCCAGCAUCACGCCCAUAAGCUGGGCGUGGCGCUGGGCGUGCUGCAGGCCAUGGCCCGCGGGCCGCUGGCGGGCGGCGCCCGCGCGCGCCUGGCGGCCGCCUGCAGCGCCGCGUGGCGCGCGCGCUCGCUGUGCGAGGCGCCCUCGCUCACCAACCACCCCUGCAUCGAGCCCGACCACGACAACACCAAAGAGCACAACUCUGGCGUGCGCUACAUCAGCGCGUGCAACUGCGGCCGCACCAAGUGCUCCCGCGAGGACCCGUACACGGUGCGCCACGCCAACUACACGUUCUACACGCAGGCGGCCGAGGAGUGCGGCGUGUGCCCCACGUUGCAAGCCAUAGAGUUUCCCGUCUUCCAGCCCUCUACACCCACUUACAGGGCAGCGUCGGUAAAAGGCGCGUCAAGUCAGGACGAUAAGGAAGUGUCAGAAGCCCGCGGGUCAGACAACACGGCCGCGUCCGGGGAGGAAGGCUGGUCGCCGGACGCCCUGUCGCCCGGCGAGGACAGGGACGAGGACACGUCGCCCGAGGAGAGAUACGUCGUGCCGCUAAGACCGGAUCAAGCAUCAGACAAAGUCAUGACCCGGCAGCCGUCGACGACGGAGUACCUCCCCGGUAUGCUGCACACCCUCAGCCCGCCAGGCCUGCUGCCCGCGUUCCCGUCAUGGUCGCUCGUGUGCCUUGGCCCUUCGUCUCUCUAUUCACACUCGCUGGGUCUACCUGAACACCUGCAGCCUGGGUUCCUGCCGCAUACCAACUAUCUGCUGCCUUGGGACUGUGCUGUACGCAGCACGGAGUCCGCGGCGUGGCGCGCGAGUGCGCGUGGUCGCGGCAAGCCGGCGGGCGCGCACCACGUCACCGUCAAGAUAUUCAUCGGCUUCGAGUACGAGUGCCCGCGAGGACACCGGCUGAUGAUGUCGUCCCCCGAGGCGGCGGAGUCGGGCGCGGCGACGGCGGGGCCGGGGGCGGCGGGGGCGACGGCGGGCGCGGGCGCGGGCGCGCGGCUGGCGGCGGCCAGCAUGCCGCUGUGCGCGCCGUGCGUGUGCCGCGCGCCCGCGCCGCCGCCCGCGCUGCUCACGCGCGUGCACGUCGUCACGCCCAAGGCGCCCGUGCACGUCACGCUCGACCCCAAGGCGCAGCCCGUCCCCGGCGGCCCCAUCUUCGUCCCGCAGCCGGCGGGCUCGCCGCCCAUCCAGCUGUCGGGCUCCAUGUACUGGGUGCUGCGGCUGCCCUACGUGUACUGCGACGAGCGCGGCCCGCUGCCGCGGCGCAUGCGCUCUGGCACCCUACUCGCGCCGCUCUUCGGCCUGCAGGACUAAUACGCCCAGGGUUGUCACACAAAUCUAUUUCAGAAUUCCCCAGGAAAAUUUCGAUAUCCGUCAACAUAUAAAUGGACGAGGUAGGAUGAAAAAUUGGUUGAAACAACGAAAAAAAUCAUGGGGACAAAAUCCCCAUUGUUUUUCCUAUCAUUUUUGUUCCUCCGAAACUGAAAGUCGCAGAAAAAUCACCCCCUAUGUGGCAACCAUGAAUACACCUACUGGUACAGGACGACACCAUCCGACACCAGCGCACAAAAGGUCAUUUCUCUGUAAUCUGAUGUCUGUUUUGAAACGCUUAUUGGACGAAAAUGAUCAGAAAUAUGGGAGAUUUUCUUUUUUAGAAAUGCUAGGACGGAGGACGUUUUGUUUCGUUAUGUGACGUUACAUAGAAAAUAUGGAAUUUGGAAAGCCUACCUCUCGAAACCAUCCGGACGCGACGCGAACGCGCGGGGAUGCAUUUUCUGUGUGUUAGACCGUGUGUGUUUUCUAUACAAACGGAGAGAUUUACAAGCAACGGAAGAACACGCAUCCACGCGCUACGCUGCAUCAUGCGGGACAGUGUGGGAAUCGCCUUAAAAACUAAAAGUCGGCUCCAGACGGGGAGAGGUUACCAAUUACCAUGCUAUACGUGCUAUGUAUUAAUCUUUAUUUAUUUAUUUAUUUGUUCUAUGCUCGCAAUCAGCCGGACCAGUGUCCACAUUCUGUAAUUCUCUUACUAUAAGUAGAGCGAGAGUGUGAACGCUCUCUGUAACUAUAAAUACUGUAACAUGACAGAUAUGGGGUCAAUAUGAUUAUGUAAAACAAUGUUGUUUUAGAAACAAAUAAAAAAUCUAGUUUGA